AUGCCUAAGAAAUUAAUUAGACAAUCUAGCAGUCGGACAGAACAAGUAUGUCGUCAUCCAAAACUGUCACUUUUUCAAGAUUCUCUACGAAGUGCCUUUCAUCCUAUGGAUCCAUUAGUUUGUAUAGGGAAGAAUUUGUUUUACUUUGAGAAAGGCGUUCUUCGUAUGAAUGAUACCGUUUUAUAUCCAGUAGAUCUGUAUAACCAUCAUGAGUUCAGAGAAUCAAAAACAAAUAUUACAGCAGAUGAAACAAAAACUAUUCGUAAAUGUUUAUACAGAGGUAUAGAGAGAGUGACUGAUGAUUAUUACACAUUUACAGAAUCCAUUGUCAAGGAAACACCACCUUUCAGCUUGCUAGUAGAACAUGACUUUAUGUCAGUAAAAUGUUUUUAUCAUCAUCCAGAAGAUGACAAAAAAGAAACUGAUUCAGAUGAGAAAAAGGCAGAUGAGAAGGAUCUGCCAGAGUUGGAAGAUGAGGACACAGAAAAGAAUUUUAGGCCUGUUGAAUUUGAUCAAAUGAACCAUGAAAAUUUCCAAGAUGUGGAUAAAACUUUGAAUGAGCAUGGGAGAGAUGCCUUGUUUGGUAGUAACUAUGACUUUGAUGGGAACUUUUCCUAUGAUUCUUGGAAUUCCUGGAACGACUAUCACAUAGAUCCAGAUGAACAGGAGGUAGCUGAUUUUGAUCAAUUUUUAGUACAGGUUCACCCAAAACAAAAUGUCUUUCAAAGGAUUCAGGAUAGUAAUUGGAAUAAACAUUCAACACGUCUGAAUGUCCUCAUCCUUGGUUUGGAUUCCAUGUCUCACCUCGCCUACCAGCGGAAGCUGCCAAAUACAUAUCGAUAUCUCAGGGAUCAACUGGACAUGGUCAUUCUGGACGCUUAUAACAUUGUAGGCGAUGCCACAACAGCUGCCCUGAUACCUAUACUGACAGGUAAAACUGAAGUGGAAUUGCCAGAGGCUCGCAUACAUCACGAGGGUACAGACACUGUGAACAGGUACCCAAUGAUCUGGAACAAUUUCAGGGACCAAGGCUAUGCAACGUUAUUUGCAGAGGAUGAACCAAGUAUAAGUGCCUUCAAUUUACGAUUAUCGGGAUUUGAUAACCAACCAACAGAUCACUACAUGCGUCCAUUUUGGCAAGCGCUCUGGGGAUCCCAGCUACGCGAGGAUAGUGUACGUUACUGCACAGGAGCAACACCACAUCACACAUACACUCUCGACUAUGUGAAGGAUUUCUUUAUUAAGUACAACAAUGUGUCUAAGUUUGCUUUUGCUUUCAUGUCUGAACUAACCCACUGGGAUAACAAUCCAGGUGAAUAUAUUGACAACGAUUUGUUAAAGUUUUUGAAAUAUUUUGAGAAAUCUAAUUUUCUUGACAAUACCUUACUUAUACUGAUGUCAGAUCAUGGUGCUCGAUAUAGCCGUGUGAGACACACAAUACAAGGUAAACUGGAGGAGAGGCUGCCGAUGUUUGCUCUCAGAUUUCCACCUAAAUAUCAAUCAUUUUACCCGAGACUGAUGGAGAAUCUCCGAAGGAACUCAAAAAAACUCACAACUCCUUUUGAUAUUCAUGAGACUCUUAAGGAUGUUUUAGAUUUGUCACGAGCUAGUAAGUCCACUUCUCCUUACAGUAGAGGCAUCAGUCUGCUACAGCAGAUUCCAGGAAAUCGCACAUGUUCAAUGGCUCACAUCGAUGUCCACUGGUGUACAUGUCUGUUACAAGAAAACAGGGAUGUCAAAAGUGAGAAGGUUCAAAUGGCAGCCAAUGAGAUUCUUUCUUAUAUAAAUCAGUUGACUGAGCCAGUCAGGUCGGAGUGUGUCAAGUUACAAGUGAAGGAGAUCAUACUAGCUUACCUAAUGAUUCCAAAUGAAAAGGUAAUAACAUACCUGAGAUCCAAGGAUGAAGACAACAGAGUAGCAAACUUCAGUCAGGAAGCCAAGGUAGACAUUGUACAUUACCAAAUCACCAUGGUUACUGUUCCAAACAAUGGUAUGUAUGAGGCCACUAUUUUAAUGAAUGUAACUGAUGGCACUGUCAAGGUUAACCCAGAGAUGAUCAGUCGUUUGGAUUUGUAUGGUAACCAGCCAGCCUGUAUACAACGGCGCUACCCAGACCUGCGCAAAUAUUGCUACUGUGAACAACUCCUGAUGCAUCGAAACACAACUCGGCAUUCUGGCUGA